CACAGGACAGCUGUAAGCGAGAUACGGGGGACUUUCAAGUUCUGAUGUACAAAGACGAUAGAUCCGAGCAUGAACAAUGAUUCUUAAAAAUACAUAUAGCCCACAGCAACGGCGAUAUUUUCCUACCGCAACCAUGGUCGAGUUUUCUAUUUCUGAAUCAUUCAUCGUCUCGCUGUUUGUCCAAAGCGUUGUCCAUGGCAUCCACAUCAUGGCUUUCGCAUUUAACGCAUGGACCCUGCUCGAUCGCCCCCUCGCAAGAUACCGACAACAUACCGACUGGCUGAUGGUGGUUACUGCAGCUUUCCUCUUCGCGAACGACCUGUAUAUGAAUAUUCAUGCCUUCAUCAUCAACGAAGGACCCGGCAGUGCCACGACGGAUCUCAGUAUUCUGUCCAACUGGACUCAUAUAAUUCGAGCAAUGCCCCUGCCCGAUUUGGACCCGUAUUGGCCACAGCGCAAGAACGAUGUCUACCUGUCAUGGUCUUCUACGAUCUGAAGCUUAUUUGUUUAACACAUAUAUCAGAUAUAUCGGCCAUGCUCGACGUCUAGUCACACUUCCCCCACCCCCCGGCUUCACCUCGUUCUCUGCUCUUGUUACAGAGUUUUCGAUCGUAGCUCAGCGUGUCCGCUAUUCGAGCAUUUUUAGCGCAUACAAA